GCCUUGCACACAAGAUUUUCUGCAGCAUUUAUUAGGCCUAGCAACCUGUCCACGUUUAAUGCACAGCCUUAUUAGUUAAGAUGUCUAACAACUAUGUUGUCACUGCCCAUAAACCAACUGCAGUCAAUGCAUGCGUUACAGGUAAUUUCACUGGGCCAAAUGACUUGAACUUGAUCAUUGCCAAGAAUACACGGUUGGAGAUAUACCUUGUCACACCUGAGGGUCUUCGUCCCGUCAAGGAAGUAUGCAUGUACGGUCGCAUAAGCACCUUGAAGCUCAUACAGUCUGAGAGCUCUGCUAAAAGUCAGUUAUUUGUGCUGACAGCGAAGUACAAUGCUGCCAUCUUGGAGUAUAAGCAAGACGGCAAUGAAGUAGACAUUAUUACAAAAGCACAUGGUAACGUACAGGACAGAAUUGGUCGGCCAUCCGAGACUGGCCUUAUAGGAAUCAUUGACCCGGAUUGCAGAGCCAUUGGUCUCAGGCUGUAUGAUGGACCAUUCAAAGUGAUCCCACUUGAUAAGGAUAACAGAGAGCUGAAGGCAUUUAAUGUUAGAUUGGAGGAAUUAAAUGUGAUUGAUGUACAGUUUCUGUUUGGCUGUGGUAAACCUACCAUUGCAUUCAUACAUCAGGAUGGACAAGGACGCCAUGUUAAAACGUACGAAAUCAAAAUGGCCGAACGAGAACUGGCGCCCGGCCCUUGGAAGCAGGACAACGUAGAGACGGAAGCAAGUAUGGUGAUCGCAGUCCCACAACCAUAUGGGGGGGCUCUAAUCAUAGGACAAGAAUCAAUAACAUAUCAUGAAGGAGAUCACUAUGUGGCUGUUGCGCCCGCUAUAAUCAAGCAGAGCACGUUGGUGUGUUAUGGACGUGUGGAUUCUAAUGGUUCUCGGUAUUUACUCGGUGAUAUGGCGGGCCAGCUGUUUAUGUUGUUACUGGAGAAGGAUGAAGACGAACAGAUGGAUGGCGGUCCUGCUGUCGUUAAAGAUCUGAAACUCUCCCUGCUUGGAGAAGUGUCAAUCCCUGAAUGCAUCACAUACCUCGAUAACGGAGUUGUUUACAUCGGGUCGCGUCUAGGAGAUUCACAACUAAUCAAGUUAACUGUUGAGCCAAAUGAAAAGGGCUCAUACAUUCAAGUAAUGGAAACGUUUACCAACUUAGGGCCUAUUGUAGAUAUGUGUGUCGUAGACCUUGACAGACAGGGCCAGGGUCAGCUUGUGACAUGCUCCGGUGCUUUUAAAGAUGGUUCCCUCCGUAUUAUACGUAAUGGAAUUGGAAUACAUGAACAUGCCAGUAUUGAUUUACAUGGAAUUAAAGGUCUGUGGCCUCUACGAGUACAGUCGCACUCAGACAAGGAUGACACGCUUGUGUUGACGUUUGUUGGUCAGACAAGAGUGCUGAUGUUGAACGGUGAAGAGGUUGAGGAAACAGAGUUGGCGGGUAUUGAAAGUGAACAGCAGUCAUUCUUUUGUGGAAAUGUCUGUCAUGACCAACUACUUCAGGUGACAGCUAGCUCUGUUAGACUUGUUAGCGUAGAAAGCAAAGCACUUGUAGCAGAGUGGAAAGCGCCCUCAGGGAAGAAUAUUAGUGUUGCAUCAUGCAACUCCGUUCAGGUUGUCUGCGCUGUGGGCAGUGAUCUGUUCUAUUUGGAAAUCUAUUCUGGGGAAUUGAAGCAAAUCAGUUUUGUACAAAUGGAACAUGAGGUGUCUUGUCUUGACAUUACACCGAUACAGGAAGGCAGCGAGAGGGCUGAGAUCUGCGCUGUAGGACUGUGGACAGAGAUCUCUGCAAGGCUGCUCAAACUUCCAUCCCUGGAUGUGCUACAUAAGGAGAUGCUGGACGGAGAGAUAAUUCCACGUUCCAUCCUGAUGACAGUGUUUGAGGGUCAACCAUACCUUUUGUGUGCUCUUGGAGAUGGUUCUCUCUAUUAUUUUCAGAUGGAUACCAAAAUUGGAAUAUUAUCUGAACGGAAAAAGGUUAUUCUUGGCACGCAGCCAACAGUUCUGAAGACGUUCAAAUCCUUGUCCAUGACAAAUGUUUAUGCUUGUUCAGACAGACCUACAGUUAUUUACUCCAGUAAUCAUAAGCUUGUAUUUUCUAAUGUGAACCUUAAAGAAGUGAACUAUAUGUGUCCUCUCAACUCACAAGGCUAUCCAGACAGUUUGGCUUUGGCUAAUGACACAUCAUUGAUGAUCGGUACAAUAGAUGAAAUUCAAAAACUGCACAUCAGAACAAUCCCUCUCGGAGAAUCCCCUUCACGGAUCGCCUACCAAGAGUCCACGCAGACGUUCGGCGUCACUACCACAAGGACAGAAGUCAAAGAUGGUUCGGGUUCUACACCUGUACGUCCAAGCGCAAGCACUACGGCACUUAGUACUAGCUCGGGGAAGCAGAUUGCAGCAAGGGAUGAGAAUAACAUGGUGGACGAUGAAGUGAAUAUGCAUUCCCUGCUGAUUAUUGAUCAACACACAUUUGAAGUCCUGCAUGCUCAUCACUUCCUGCCAAAUGAGUUCACCACCAGUCUGGUUUCCUGUACCCUUGGCAACGACCCCACUGCAUACUACAUUGUUGGCAUAGCGAUGGUUUAUCCUGAAGAACCUGAGCCAAAGACUGGCAGAAUACUUGUGUUUCAGUGGAGUGAUGGUAAACUGCUUCAAGUAGCUGCAAAAGAUAUCAAAGGAGCAGCGUACACUCUGCUGGAAUUCAAUGGAAAAUUACUUGCAUCAAUCAAUAGCUAUGUUGUAUUAUAUAAUUGGAUAGAUCAUGAACUGCGUAUGGAAUGUACCCACAUCAACAAUGUAAUAGCACUUUACCUGAAAGCCAAAGGAGACUUUGUGUUGGUUGGGGAUCUCCUGCGUUCAAUCACUCUGCUGGCGUACAAGUCAAUGGAAGGUUGUAUGGAAGAGAUUGCUAGGGAUUACAAUCCUAAUUGGAUGUCGGCUAUUGAGAUUCUGGAUGAUGAUACAUUCCUUGGAAGUGAAAACUCCUACAACCUGUUCACAUGUCAGAAGGACAGUGCUGCCACUACUGAUGAUGAAAGGCAACAUUUGCAAGAGGAGAGCUUCUUUCAUCUUGGUGAGUUUGUGAACGUCUUCCGCAAGGGCUCCCUCGUAAUGCAGAAUAUUGGCGAGAGCACAAUUAACACUCAGGGCAAUGUACUAUUUGGCACUAUUAAUGGAACCAUUGGUCUUGUAACACGACUUCCUGAGGAAUUUUUUAAGUUUCUGUUGGAAGUUCAGAACAAACUGACGAAAGUGAUAAAAAGCGUUGGAAAGAUAGACCACUCAUUCUGGCGAGCAUUUAAUACAGACAGAAAGACAGAGCCUGCAAAUGGGUUUAUAGAUGGUGACUUGAUAGAGAGCUUUUUAGACCUAAGUCCUGACAAAAUGGAAGAAGUUGUAAAGGGAUUACAGAUCGAUGAUGGAGGAAUGAAAAGGGAUGCUACAUCAAAUGAUUUAAUUAAAAUUGUAGAGGAAUUGACACGGAUUCACUGAUAUUCUCACUGCUAGCAACCAUUAUCGUGGGUACAUGUACAUAAAGAUUACAUAAGCUUGUAGUUGGCUAACAAGUUGUAUUAAGUCAUACAAUAUUUUUUAACAAGAAACCUUAUCAAAAUGCAAUGGAAUGUUUUCAAUAAUGUACGCUUUAAAGGUUGUCAAGUUGUACGACUGAAUUUUGAUGUGGGAAAAAGUUAAAGGAUUUAUAGACGUGUUCUUGCGUAUGGUAUCGUAUGAUUUUGCAUAGCAGUUGAUGAUUAUAAUUGUAUGUGAUGUCAUGAUUCAUUUAAUAUUAUGAUAUCCAAUGAUUACACUCAAAAUCCCCUUCUGACAAUAAUUGUCUGAGUGAAUGUUACAUUAAUACAUUUUAAUAAUUGGGUCAAAAAGUAUAUUGUAGAUUUGCAAGAGGUCCGUAUGCAUGCAAUGAAACAUUAAAAAGGAACUACCACAAGAUGGGGUGCCCUAUUAGUAUUCGAAACUCGAACAUGCACGUAUUUGAUAAAAACGCCUUUUACAUACUUUUGAAGGACGCCGUCUAAUUUAUGGUUGUACUUUUUGAGAUAGGAUUACGUUCCCCCAAGGGUCGGACCUCUUGCAGUUCUGUACUCUUUGAUUAGGUGUAAUUUCUCAUAUCAAACUUUAACCUGGUACAUUCAGUAUGCUUUAUCUGUUACAAAAUAAUAAUCAUGGUGCAUCAUAUUCUAAAACCCUGUCCAGUCUAUCAUAUUUUAUGUGGCAAAACAUGUGACAUGCCUAAAUAUGGUCAUGAAGACAUUACAUUAUGACCAUAUAUAGACACAUCAUGACUAUAUAUGGGCAUACAACAGUUUUUGGUAAUCUGGACAGGGCCUAAAAUGAUAAUUUGUAUUCAUAUUGACCAUAGAAUUAUAAAAAUACCUCUACUAGAAAACAUGGUGUAAAAGGACUAUAGUUAACCUAUUGUUGUAUUGCAGUAAUUAAUAACAGUUGUCCUCAUUAACAUUCGUCCUCAUUAAUGUUAGUCUUUAUGAGCCUUCAAACAAACCAGUGUAUACUGGUCAAAAAUCUGUUGAAAGAAUACUGUACAAAAGGCUUGCUGUUCAGCUUGUGUUAUUAAACCUUAUGGAUGCUACAUUAUUAUUGCCAUUAAGCACAAUUAAAAUUUGUAAGUUAUUGUAUUAAUUUCAUAUCAUUAUGCUUAAUACCUUGCGACGACAUGUUGUAGAAUUUCAUUAUGUGUCCACAACAAUGUAAUAUAUUUUACCUAUGCGACUGCCAUUUUGAAUGGAAUGGAUAGUGAAAAAGAAUCACUUCAUUUGGCACUUGAGAUACUUUCAAUUUUGUUGAAAGUUGAAUUGUUUAAAUCUAUUUCAGUUAUAUUCAUACAAUUAUUUAUAGGUGCUUAAAUGAAUGAAUCUAGUUAAUGGUUUUGAAUUUUGGAUGAAUCUUAUCAUUUAUAACACUCGGUAUAUACAGUAUAUACCUUUUUGCCAAAUUUGUUAAAGCAAAGAUAUAUAUAUAACAAAACGUAAAUGUAUUUAAGGCUGUUAAAAGAAAUCUCAUUGUUUAUGUUUUGUAUUCCGUCAUCACUCCAGUAUGUGUAAUUUCUCAACCCGUUCUAUUAAAUAUGAUUUGUAGUAAUUAA